AUGGGUUUCCUGAAAUUGAUUGAGAUCGAGAACUUUAAAUCAUACAAGGGUCGACAGAUUAUCGGACCGUUUCAGAGGUUCACCGCCAUCAUUGGACCCAAUGGCUCUGGUAAGUCAAAUCUCAUGGACGCUAUCAGCUUUGUGCUAGGUGAAAAAACCAGCAACCUGCGGGUAAAGACGCUUCGGGACCUAAUCCAUGGAGCGCCUGUGGGCAAGCCAGCUGCUAAUCGGGCCUUUGUCAGCAUGGUCUACUCCGAAGAGGGUGCUGAAGACCGCACCUUUGCGCGUGUCAUUGUAGGUGGUUCCUCUGAGUACAAGAUCAACAACAAAGUGGUCCAGCUACAUGAGUACAGUGAGGAAUUAGAGAAGUUGGGCAUUCUCAUCAAAGCCCGUAACUUCCUUGUCUUCCAGGGUGCUGUGGAAUCUAUUGCCAUGAAGAACCCCAAAGAGAGGACAGCUCUGUUUGAAGAGAUCAGUCGCUCUGGGGAGCUGGCGCAGGAAUAUGAUAAGCGAAAGAAGGAAAUGGUGAAGGCUGAAGAGGACACUCAAUUUAAUUAUCAUCGUAAGAAAAACAUAGCAGCUGAACGCAAGGAGGCCAAACAAGAGAAAGAAGAGGCAGACCGCUACCAGCGCCUGAAGGACGAGGUGGUGCGAGCUCAGGUACAGCUGCAGCUCUUUAAGCUUUACCACAAUGAAGUAGAAAUUGAGAAACUCAACAAGGAACUAGCCUCGAAGAACAAGGAGAUUGAGAAGGACAAGAAGCGUAUGGACAAGGUUGAGGAUGAGCUAAAGGAGAAGAAGAAGGAGCUGGGCAAAAUGAUGCGGGAGCAGCAGCAGAUUGAGAAGGAGAUCAAGGAGAAGGACUCAGAGCUGAAUCAGAAGCGGCCUCAGUACAUCAAAGCCAAAGAGAAUACUUCCCACAAAAUCAAGAAAUUGGAAGCAGCCAAGAAGUCCCUGCAGAAUGCUCAGAAACACUACAAGAAACGUAAAGGUGACAUGGAUGAGCUGGAGAAGGAAAUGCUGUCAGUGGAGAAGGCCCGGCAGGAGUUCGAGGAACGAAUGGAAGAGGAGAGUCAGAGUCAGGGCAGAGACUUGACUUUGGAGGAGAAUCAGGUGAAGAAAUACCAUCGGUUAAAAGAAGAAGCCAGCAAGAGAGCAGCUACUUUGGCCCAGGAGCUAGAGAAGUUCAAUAGAGACCAGAAAGCUGAUCAGGACCGCCUGGAUCUAGAAGAGCGGAAGAAAGUAGAGACAGAGGCCAAGAUCAAGCAAAAGCUGCGGGAGAUUGAAGAGAAUCAGAAGCGGAUUGAGAAGCUGGAGGAAUACAUCACCACUAGCAAGCAGUCCCUAGAGGAACAAAAAAAGCUAGAGGGAGAGCUGACAGAGGAGGUGGAGAUGGCCAAGCGGCGGAUCGAUGAGAUCAAUAAGGAGCUGAACCAGGUGAUGGAGCAGUUGGGGGAUGCCCGCAUUGACCGCCAGGAGAGCAGCCGCCAGCAGCGAAAGGCAGAGAUAAUGGAAAGCAUCAAGCGUCUUUACCCUGGCUCUGUGUAUGGCCGCCUUAUUGACCUCUGCCAGCCCACACAAAAGAAGUAUCAGAUUGCUGUGACCAAGGUUUUGGGCAAGAACAUGGAUGCUAUUAUUGUAGACUCAGAGAAGACAGGCCGGGAUUGUAUUCAGUAUAUCAAGGAGCAACGUGGGGAGCCUGAGACCUUCUUGCCUCUUGACUACCUGGAGGUGAAACCUACAGAUGAGAAACUCCGGGAGCUGAAGGGGGCCAAGCUAGUGAUUGAUGUGAUUCGCUAUGAGCCACCUCACAUUAAAAAAGCUCUGCAGUAUGCUUGUGGCAAUGCCCUUGUCUGUGACAAUGUAGAGGAUGCCCGCCGUAUUGCCUUUGGAGGCCAUCAGCGUCACAAGACAGUGGCAUUAGAUGGGACCCUGUUCCAGAAGUCAGGAGUCAUCUCUGGUGGGGCCAGUGACUUGAAGGCCAAAGCUCGGCGCUGGGAUGAAAAAGCAGUAGACAAGUUGAAAGAGAAAAAGGAGCGGUUGACAGAGGAACUAAAAGAACAGGUGAAGGCAAAACGCAAAGAGGCCGAACUGCGUCAGGUGCAGUCUCAGGCCCAUGGACUGCAGAUGCGGCUCAAGUACUCACAGAGUGACCUAGAACAGACCAAGACACGGCAUUUGGCACUGAAUCUCCAGGAAAAAUCCAAGCUGGAGAGUGAACUGGCCAACUUUGGACCUCGAAUUAAUGAUAUCAAGCGGAUCAUCCAGAGCCGAGAGAGGGAAAUGAAGGACUUAAAGGAGAAGAUGAAUCAGGUGGAGGAUGAGGUAUUUGAAGAGUUCUGUCGGGAGAUUGGUGUACGCAAUAUCCGAGAAUUUGAGGAGGAAAAGGUGAAACGGCAGAAUGAAAUUGCCAAGAAGCGUUUGGAGUUUGAGAAUCAGAAGACUCGCUUGGGGAUCCAGUUGGAUUUUGAAAAGAACCAACUGAAGGAGGACCAGGAUAAAGUACACAUGUGGGAGCAGACAGUGAAAAAAGAUGAAAAUGAGAUAGAAAAGCUCAAGAAGGAGGAACAAAGACACAUGAAGAUCAUAGAUGAGACCAUGGCUCAGCUACAAGACCUGAAGAAUCAGCACUUGGCCAAGAAGUCAGAAGUAAAUGACAAGAAUCAUGAGAUGGAGGAGAUUCGUAAGAAACUGGGAGGUGCUAACAAGGAAAUGACUCAUUUACAGAAGGAGGUGACAGCCAUUGAAACCAAGCUUGAACAGAAGCGCAGUGACCGCCACAACUUGCUACAGGCAUGCAAGAUGCAGGAUAUCAAGUUGCCACUCUCAAAGGGUACCAUGGAUGAUAUUAGUCAGGAAGAGGGUAGUUCUCAGGGAGAAGAUUCAGUGAGUGGUUCCCAGAGAACUUCCAAUAUCUAUGCACGAGAGGCCCUCAUCGAGAUUGACUAUGGUGACCUUUGUGAGGAUCUCAAGGAUGCCCAGGCUGAGGAAGAGAUCAAACAGGAGAUGAACACACUGCAGCAGAAGCUAAAUGAGCAGCAAAGUGUGCUUCAGCGUAUUGCUGCCCCCAACAUGAAGGCCAUGGAAAAGUUGGAAAGUGUCAGAGACAAGUUCCAGGAAACCUCAGAUGAGUUUGAGGCAGCCCGAAAGCGAGCAAAGAAGGCCAAGCAGGCAUUUGAACAGAUUAAGAAGGAGCGCUUUGAUCGUUUCAAUGCUUGUUUUGAAUCUGUGGCUACCAACAUUGAUGAAAUCUAUAAGGCUCUGUCCCGCAACAGCAGUGCCCAGGCAUUCUUGGGUCCUGAGAACCCUGAGGAACCCUACUUAGAUGGCAUCAACUACAACUGUGUGGCUCCUGGCAAACGCUUCCGGCCUAUGGAUAACUUGUCAGGGGGAGAGAAGACAGUAGCAGCUCUGGCCCUCCUCUUUGCCAUUCAUAGCUACAAGCCAGCCCCCUUCUUUGUCCUGGAUGAGAUCGAUGCUGCCUUGGAUAACACCAACAUUGGCAAGGUGGCGAAUUAUAUCAAGGAGCAGUCGACUUGCAACUUCCAGGCCAUCGUCAUCUCUCUCAAGGAGGAGUUCUACACCAAGGCUGAGAGCCUCAUUGGAGUCUAUCCUGAGCAAGGGGACUGUGUGAUCAGCAAAGUCCUGACCUUCGACCUUACCAAGUACCCAGAUGCCAACCCAAACCCCAAUGAACAGUAGCAGUAGUUCUGUCUUACCACCCUGUCUGGAUCCCAAACUGCCCCUCUCUCAAUCAUUGGAUAUUUGGCUCCCAACUUUCAUAUCCAAUAGCCUUGUUUGAUCUAAUCAUGGGAUUUAGAUACUGCUCUGAAGCACGAAGAGGAACAAAGGUCAUGUUAGGUCUGGAGCAAAAUUCCUGAGCUACAGGGGGCAUCCUGGCCUCUGGAAGGAGGUGCUGAGCUGAGCUGAGCUGAACAGGGCCAUCAGUCCAUCCCCCUCCCAGUUCCUACCUAUAAUAACGAGUCCCUUCCCCAUGUGUGUGUGGGUUUGUAUGUGUGCAUAUGUGUGUUCGCCCAUAUGCAUGUGGGUAUGUUUGCAAAAUAAUAAAAUAUAUUGGAGACCUAUCUUAGAAGAGGCCUAGGCUGAAUUUGAUUCCAAAGAGAGCUUAGGAUGACAGCACCCCAGAGCUGAAUAAAGGUUCUGGGUUCCUCAUAGGAGUCUUAGGCUGUCACCAGAAAGUCCCCUCAUUCAUUGUACUUAUUCAUUUGUGUACUUAUCAAACAUAUACCGAACACCUUUUAUUUGUCAGGCUCUAAGCCUAGAAUACUGAGUUGAAUCUGACAUCUCUCCUGGUAGGAAAUACAAUGGGAUCAUGAAUUACUACAGUUAGCCAAGUGUCUUAAGUACUUCAAAUAUGAGAAGAGGAUGAUCUCCAGACUUCCUGGAGAAAGUCAGAUUUGAGCUGGACCUUGAUAAAUUGGUAGGAUCUAGUCAGGCACUAGGAGCUGAGCAUGGGCUCUAGGGACAGACAGUUAAGGGUUCUGGUCCCAUUUUUUAUCACUUACUAGUUGUUUGGCACUGGGCAAAUCAUUUGACCUUUCUGUGCCUCAGUUCCCUCGUCUGUAAAAUGAGGCUAACAGUAUUACCUACCUCAUAGGAUUUAAUAAUGUCAAGCUCCCCACUGGAGCCUUAUCCAUAUGUAGAGCCCACUAGGUGCUGACCCCUAAGAAUACAAGCCUGGACCCCUGAAAGCUGAUCCCAGCUUUCAAGGACAGAAGGGACCUCCAAAUCUGGGAGGUACUGAAAUGCUCUGGUUACUGGGAACGUUUCAGGGCACUGCUAGGGGUUUACCUGAUAAGUGGAGGGCCUUAGAAAGCCUGUAGCUUCAACCAUGUGUGGAACCAGGUACCUGGACCCCCCAGAUGGGAUGUGAGGAACUAGAGGGAAAGGUAGCCUGGGCCACAUCCCAGCCUAACGUGGUUCGUAUUGGGAACUAACCUCAUUAGCUGCAAGGACUGUGCAGAAGCAGCAAAGCCAAGUGCAAUGAGUUCAGCCUUCAGUCAUUCCCACACAUUAGUACACUUGUCUUACCUUAAUCUGUGUAUUGCUUUUUAAGAGUUAAAUCAGGGCUGGUGAUGUAGCUCAGUGGUAUAGCACAUGCUUAGCGUGCACAAGGCCCUGGGUUCCAUCCCUAGCAUUUCCAAAAACAGUCCUAAUUAGGGCUAGGAAUUUAGCUCGGUGGUUCCACCACCUGCCUCACAAGCGCAAGGACCCGAGUUCGAUCCCCAGUACCAAAAAAAAAAAAAAGUCCUAAUUAUUAAAGUAAUGCAUGAAUUCAUUUCUUUAAGAAAUUAGGUUGUUAUAGAUAAAGGUAGUCUCAUUCAACUACCAACUACUCCCCCUCCUGCUCCUUCCCCCCUUAACUGCUAUUAUGUUUAUUGUACUUCCAUCUAGACUUUGUUUUAAUAGCUUUAUAUACAUAUAUGAAUUCACUGAGAAUGUUUUGUAUCUAAUGCAAAUGUAUUGAAUUGUUCUCUGAUUGCUCUCUUUACUGAACAAUGUUUUUGAGAUCUGUGCAUGUUGCUAAGUGUAAAUCCAUCCUCUGUAAUGGUUGUAUAGAUUGCGAUCAUGUGAAUCUACACAUUUUACUUCCCAUUUCUCUUGUGAUGGACAUUAAGACUGUUUUCAGUUUUUGCUGUUAUACUACAUAGGAGCAUCCCUAUAUCUGUGUGUGUAUGAAAAUUUACCUAGGAUUGAUUCCUAGAAGUGGAAUUGCAGAGUCAUAGGACAUUUAUGUAUGUUUUUAAUAGCUAUUUCCAAUUUGCCCUCCAGUACUAUUUACUCAGUAUUUUUCUUGAGGUGAUCUGAGGUCUAACAUUGUUACAGGUUUAUCCUAAGUAGUGAUAUUCAUGAAGUCAUAGAUUUGAUGUGCUAAUUAUGUAUUUUUCUAAUACAUAUUAAAAGGCAUGACUAUCUAAACAAGAAAUUUGUCUGUGUUCAACCAAAGAAGUCACAUACUACCAGUGGUGCAUGUGUCAUAAUUUGGCAAAUGUUGGGAUAGUUUGGAGGUCAGACCUGUUUUGAAUCCUAUCUAUAGAAACUUGUGCAGGUUGCUUCACCACUGAGCCUCAGUUUCCUCAUUUUAUUAAAGGGAGAUAAUAAAUACCUACCUUGUAGCAGUGAAAGGAAGAUUAUGUGAAAUGUGUUUAAAACAAUGUGGCUGGCCUAUCUAGAUUACCACAGCUUUUAGGGUGGUGGCCUUUGAGACAGGGUCUUGCUAUGUACUUCAGGCUGACCUUAAACUUGCGGUGAUCCUCUUGCCUCAGCCUCCCGAGUGCUGGGAUCACAAGCAUUGGCCACCACACCUUUUUAAAGGUAGCAAUUACCACUCUCUUUACUUCACAAAUAAUAAAACUGAGGCCCCCCAAAGGGUUAUAAGGGACCCACCUACCAGAUGACAGUCAGCUUGAAUCCAUGUCUUCCAGUUCAUUCUUUUGCUUUUUCCACUAUAAAGGUAUUUAUCAACCUUG